GAAUACGGGCGGAGAAAGAAGCAGCGCUGCUGGUUUCAGCUCUCAGGGCCGCGGCCUCCUCCUCCAUUCUUGCGGUACUUGAUACCGUUCAGAGUCCGGUCCGCAGUCAGCCGGUGUCCCGACCGACAUCAUGUUCAGAGCCGCCGUCCGCCUUUCCGUCUCCGGGGCUCGGAGUUUAGCGCGGUCACGACCGCAGUAUACAGCUCCUGCAGCUGCUCGCUGCUACUCUCAUGGCAAACAGGAGACAGAUGAAGAGUUUGAUGCUCGCUGGGUCACCUACUUCAACAAGCCAGAUAUCGACGCCUGGGAGCUGAGGAAAGGUAUGAACACUCUGAUUGGAUAUGACCUCGUACCUGAGCCCAAGAUCCUGGAUGCAGCUUUGAGGGCCUGUCGGAGGUUAAAUGACUUAGCCAGUGCCAUCCGUAUUCUUGAGGCAGUCAAGGACAAAUCUGGGCCCCACAAAGAGAUCUACCCCUAUGUUAUCCAAGAGCUCCGGCCCACGCUCGAUGAGCUAGGCAUUUCAACACCUGAAGAACUUGGCAUUGACAAAGCAUAGACUUCAACUGUUGUGAGUCUUCCGAGGACCUGUUGCUGUUGGGUCGGAGUGGACCUCUGUACUUGAAGUCUUUGCCUCGUGUCAUGAUGUUUGUGUUAUAUUUAAUUGGCCUUUAUUAUGUUCUUUUGCUUGUAAAAUAUUGAUGGACUUAAUAAAGGGAGAUAUAUUUACUGAA